AUGGCAUCAAUGCAUAUGAAACCACCAUGUAUAAAAUGCAGUAAAGCUGCUGGAAUAACGACAUGUAAUGGCUGUCAACAAGUAUAUUGUAUCAACCAUUUUAAUGAACAUCGACAAGAACUUGCCAAUCAGAUGGAAAUUAUAAGUCAAAAACGUGAUCUUCUUCGACAAUCUUUAGAUAACAACAUAACACAACAUCCUCUUUUUUGUCGAAUUAAUACAUGGGAACAAGAAUCUAUUAAUAAAAUUCAAAUAGCAGCAGAAACAGCACGAACUGAACUUCGAGAAUUACUUGAUCGUACUAAAAAUGAACUAGAGAAAUCCAUUAGUAAACUGACAGAAGAACUUCGAUCAAGUCGAGAGUUCGAUGAUUAUACAGAAAUAGAUAUUAAAAAAUGGACUCAAGAACUACGAAUACUUCGUAAGACGUUUAAAUCAUCAUCGAGUAUUUCUAUUUCUGAAGAUGAAUCAUUAAAAUUAAUAAUUCCAUUGAUCAGUGUACAUAGUCAACAACAACAACAACAAUAUCGCUCUUCUUAUCUCGCUUCGGAAAAUUUUCAAGAUCAUAUUCUUGCUAUUGAAAAGUCAGUUUCUUCUAGUGAAAGAUUUGAUGAAAUUAUUGGAAAAGCAAUAACAUCCGAAGAAUGUCUUGUUAUUACAUGUAAUGCAAUGUUUAUUUCUUAUCCGAUUAUUUACGGUAGUAAUCGUUAUUCAUCUGGAACACAUCAUAUACAUUAUCGAAUUGAUAAAAUUGGAAAUUCACGUAUAUUUUUCGGAAUUACUCCAUCGUAUACAAAGAUAACACAAGAUAAUGUAAAUGAUAAAUCUAUUAAUGGAUGGUGGGAUUUAGCUAGAGCUGUAGUAAAUGGUGAAGCUCAAAAAAGUGACGAUCAUAAAUUCAUUACAACAGGUGAUGAUGUAAUAUUAACAUUAGACUGUGAUAAUCGACAGAUUCAGUUACAACAUAAUCGAACUAAUCGACUAGUUCAAUUAUUUAUUGACGUUGUUAGCUGUCCGUUUCCUUGGAAAACCGUCGUUAAAUUAGGAUCGAAAGGAGAUUCUAUUCGUAUUCUUCAAUAA